GCAUUUGCUUGGCUGUCGUUGCUGCUUGUUGAAUUCAUCCUCCUUGACUUUGCCCUUGCUCCUGACUUUGACAUGACGACGGUCGAACGGAAGGAGCAGAUCGCCACAUGGAAUGGCGAUGCCAGUUCGUGGUUGGAGUAUGUGAAGAGAGUGAGACUCCAAUAUGAAAGAACUGAACCUCGAAAGCGGAAGCUUCUAGGUUCCUCGAAGAGAAGGUCAGAUGUCACGACCCCACAUGCAGGAGCCAAUGAUGAUUUUGCGACUUUCCCUGAAUUCGAGGAGCACACCAACCCUGGCCACCAGGAGCCCCUGGAAGAUCCAGAAUCCUUUGAUCCCAAUGCGCCCUAUCAUGAACUCCCUCAAGAUGAUGAACAAAACCGCACAUGGUCUUCCGAAGAGUGGCGGCAAUGGCGCCGCGACCAGUGGAAGAAGUGGAAGAGCGAUGACCAGGCCAGCACAUGGCCUGAUGAUGAUGAAGAAGAAGCUCCCAUUAAGUGGGAGCAGUUCGACUAUGGAGAUGUUCAGAUCCUGCCAUCCGAAAUCCUUGGAUGGUUGCUCCUUCGCCGCUCAGGUCUCCCAGCUGCCGCUAGGCUUUCAGUGCUGUCAGCGAUUUCCAACCAAUUGGACUUGGACACGGUCGAAAGGGCCAUGAGAGACCAGGAGGAGGAGCUGCUGCUGGCUGAGCAGCAUCGGAGUCGGGACCACGGAAGUAGGAGACAGAGAUCCUUUUGGGUUGAACAAGACCACCAAUGGGGCCUCGUCAAUCCCUCUGAAGACCUCGAUGACGUGGAUGAGAGCAUGAUCAUGUGGGUUGGUGAUCGUCUUCCCCCUGAACUCCAACCUUCAUGGGAUGAGACCCCCUCCGAAACCGCGUGGACGACCUGGACUCCUGACGGACAAGAACUCUCCUGGCAGUGGCAUGACGACGACUUCUAUGCCCAGGACUCUUCAGGAGCUUUCUGGUCCUGGACAGAGACUAAGGAUUGGCUGGAUUUGGAAGAGUGUCUCGCUGUCACUCCCGCUGAUUCAGAAGAGCUUUUGCAUGCGUAUGCCACCUUCAAUGAUCGCAUUCGAACCUUCCGAGAGAGCCGACAGUUGAACCAUGCCAAACAACAGUCUAGAGGCUACUAUCCCAUGGGCCUCUUGAAAGGAAAGGGUAAAGGAAAAGGCUCUAAGAGCAAAGGAAAGCAGAAGAGAGUGCCAGUCCUUUUGAGCGUCCGCACUUUGCGGAAGCUCGGUGCUGUGAUUGACAUGGCGACCAACACCAUGCACCUCAAGAAUGGCUACCUGCCCAAGGAUGCAGAGGAGAAACCGAUGGUGGCGCCGUCAACACCCUCUACUACGACCUCGACCUCGACUUCGGUGACCAAGGAGAAAGCAAAGGCCAAAUCUUCCAAGGCCAAGACCCGAGUGCCCAGCUCCGAGAAGUACGACUACGAGAGGAUGACCGGACCAGAUCCCCGAGAUCCUCGCACUCAGGGCUUCCCCUGUUGGGGAAAUCAUCAGAAGAUGCCGGAAGGAAGAGGCAGUCUGAGCGGGCGCAAUGGACACGGUCGUUGGAGCGUGUGCCAGAAGUGCCGGUUGAGGCUGGAGUACAUCCCCACGUUCGGCGCCAAAGGCACCUUCCGACAGGCAGGUCCACUCCCCAAGGACGUCGAGACGGUGGUUCAGCAGGUUGGCACGGCUGUGGAAGACCACCCUCCGGCUCGCGAGAUGCUGAACACCAAGGCUGUGGGCCUGAUCGGAGCCGAAGAGUCCAUGCGCCGACGACUGCAGCAGCUGGAGAACGAGAAGAGUGCUUUGAAGCCGAAGCCUCGCCCCGGAGAAAGUCCUCGCACCAGUCCUCAGACCUACCAGUCUCUCAGCGAAGAGAGCAAGAAGGCCGUGAAGCGCGAGAACGAGAAGGCAGCGGAAUCUCAGGAAUCGAGCGAGGGCUGGUCCCAGGAGUACAAGGACUUCGAACCCGUGACCAACAUCCUGACUGAUGAGCAGAAGAGUCGUUUGCAGUACCAGGCCACGGAGUUCCUUGCCGAGGCCUACAGUGCUAUGGAGCAGUUCCCUGAGGAGAAUUUCGAGAUCUCUUUGAUGGAGCUAUGUUGCCCUCCUGACUCACGACUGACGCAGACCUUUCUGGAUCAUGGCAAGCAAGCUAUUCGUAUUGGCCUGCCGGCCAUUGACUUCAGCCACAAGAAGGGACUUCACGAAGUGCUUCAGAUGAUAGAUCGGUGGAAACCGAAGGUUUUGUGGAUCUCUUUGCCAUGCGGUCCCUACUCGCCCAUCCAGGAGCUCUUCAACGAAAGCACCCCAGAGAGCUUGGCAAAGAGCUUGGAACGAAAGAAGCGGGCCAAGAAGUUGAUCCACCAUGGAAUUGAAGCCGCUGAGCACCAGAUCACUCGUGGUGGUGAAGUUGCUUGGGAAUGGCCCGUGAACAACCGUGGGUGGACCCUGCCUCGCGUUCGAGCUUUCUUUGAGAAGCUGGCUGCAUCGGGCUCCGACUUUGGGGCACGAGUUGAUGGUUGCGCACAUGGCCUGAAGGGCCCAAAGGGCCUACCAGUGAAGAAGCCUUGGAGGAUUCGCACGACAUCCUCGACCCUGGCUGGAGCGCUUCAUCGACUUUGUCCAGGCCAUGAACAACAUGAAGAGUGCCUCGGAGGAAAGACGGCCCGCGACUCCGGGUUUUAUCCACAGAGCAUGUGCAAUGUCAUCUACAAGUCCGUCGUGGAGAUGAUGGCUUGCGGAAAGAACUUCAACGUCUUCCCCUCGGCGUACCCGAUCUUCGACACCAAGGAUUUGGAGGACCUGGAGGAGAAGAAGAAGAGCGUCCGUCUGCUUUCAGAAGAUGAGAAGAAGCAGGCAGGCAAGUUGGUGGACAGGCUGCGCAAAAAGACGGGUCAUCCUUCCAAUGCAGCCCUGGCAGGAGUUCUUCGACAUCGAGGUGCUCACCCUGAGAUCAUCCAAAUGGCCUCACAACACCAUUGCAGCGAAUGUCAAGAGCUGAGAGCCGCACCUUUGCACGCCGCGGCCACCCUCGAGAAGAGUGACACCUUGUGGGAAGUUUUGGUGGUGGACAACAUGCAGUUCACCGCUGACGGUGCGACCCACCACUACAUGGUGAUGAUGGAUGAAGCGUCGAGAUUGGUUUGCGCUCACCAUUUGUUUUCACAUGACCCUGAGGAAAGCCGCAAUGCCACAGCACAAGAAGUCAUGGAUGGUUUAGGCACGUGGUUUUUGCACUAUGGCAUGCCGGCCAAGGUGCGGAUGGACGCUGAAGGAGCCUUCCGGUCAACCCUUUUGGGGCAGUGGUGUAGCGAGAGGGGCCUGGAGCUUUUGUUUUGCGCAGCUGAAGACCAUGGUCAAAUUGGUUUGGUGGAGCGGGCAAUCUCAACUUUGAAGAGCACUAUCCGCCAGAUCCUUCAAGGCGGAGACCACAGUGUGAAAGAGGCUGUGAUUGCUGCAUGUUGCACCCACAACUCCAUGGAGCGCAUCGGGGGCUACUCCCCCUACCAGUGGGCCUUCGGACGACAGCCCACUUUGACCGGACGGAUGCAUGACCGCGGACAUGACGAUCCGUGGUGGACCUCAUCAGCAGUUCCUGGCUCGAGCAUGAUGCAGAACCUCCGUUUGCGCGUGAAGGCCCAACAAUCCUUCCUGCAGGCUCAAGCUCACGAGUUGAUCUCUCGAGCGUCCAACUCCAAGACAAGGAAAGAGCAGAUCUUCUUGCCGGGAGAUCUAGUCUAUUUCAAGAGGAUCAAGCCGCCGGCACAGUCUCAAGCACUGAUGAGGAUGCCUUUCAAACUCUGGAGGUGGUACGGUCCUGCACGUGUCUUGGCUAGUGAGACCCGCACUGACAGUUUUGGCACACAGCGCAAACCGAGCAACAUUGUUUGGAUAGUUUCCCAAGGGAGACUGAAGCGGUGCUCACCCUCUCAGCUGAGACACGCCUCGGCUCGCGAGAAGGUCAUUGCGGAAGGCAUGAGCGCCCCCACAGCUGUGUGGACGUUCCAUUCCCUCGCCCGGGACAUUUUGAAGGGCGAAUAUGAAAUUUUGGACGACCAAAUGUUCCCUGAGGACGUCACUGCAAAGGGACCUCAGAGAGCGACUCGACGCUCCCAAUCGUUGGGCAGGGCACCAAUGACACCUGUUCCGGCUACACCCACGACUACCCGGCGAAGUUCUUCCGUUCCUAGGACCCCGGUGUUGCGGACCCCAGAAGAUGUCCGAGGGACCCGAGAAGAUGUCCCAAAUAAGACCUCAAACAAGAUUAGGAGCGAGAUGUCUGGCGGUGAAGAGGCACACCGUGGAGCCAGUUCAUCAGAGGCACCAAAAGAAAGAGAGAAGAAAGUGCCUAAGCUAGAGUCGGUAGCUAGGGAUGUAGACCGUAGUGAUCUUCAGUCCCCCAGGGUAGAUAUUAGCCGGCUUUUGCGAGAUCCUGGCUAUGAGCCGGAUGCCAUGGCGUCGCGCGGAGCUGGCCGACCUUUGUCCGAACUUUUUGAGCAGCCUUUGUUCGAAAAGCAGCGAAAGCAUUUGGCAGCUGACACCGACGAUGUGCUGCUGGCGACUUCAUUCUUCACCUCCAACGGCAGCGUGCAGAUUGGUAACCUUGCUUGCUGCAUUGAGCUGCCCGUGCCUCACACAUCGUCUGAACUCAGGCGAAUGAAGCGAAGCCCCGAGAACUUUUUCAUCAAAAAGGUCAAAGGAGCUGAAGUGAAAUGGCAUCUUUUGGAUGAGCAGGAGAAAGCCAAGUUCAAGAUCGCCAAGGAAGCUGAGGUUUCUCAAUGGCUUCAAGCCGCCGCAGUGAAGGCCGCCAUUGGGCCGGUGCCUCGAAAUCGGCUCAUCCGGAUGCGCUGGGUCCUGACGUACAAGGACACAGGAGUGCGAGACACCUUGCUGCGCCUUGGCUUUGUUCAGUCAAAAACCGAUCCCUGUUUGUGGUUGUUUUUCCAAGAAGAAGAGGAUGGAAGUAGGAACACCCUGGGUUUCGUGUGCAGCCACGUGGACGAUUUUCUGGUGGCUGGCGAUGAGCAGAGCAGUGCUUGGACCGAUGCUGUGACCUCUUUUUACCAGAGUUUUCGCUGGUCCCCUUGGGAGUGCAAUGCGUACACCCACUGUGGCAUUCAGCUGAAAGAGGAGCAUGAUUUUUCCACGACCCUCGACCACUCAAAGUUCAUCGAAUCCAUUGAGCAGAUUCAGUUCCGUGCACGACCGGACCAUGAGGCAGUCACCCCAGAUGAACUGACACAGUUGAGGGGAAUCCUUGGAGCUCUUCAGUGGCGAACUCACCAAACCACGCCACUUCAGGCGGCUAGGCUGGGACAGUUGCAGAGCGAGAUUAGCCAUGCAACGGUCGGUACCCUGAAGGCAGCCAACAAGUUGGCAAGAGAGGCAUUCCACCAGAGACACGUUUCGACUCGCAUCAACCAGCUGGGACUCAACGACCCCAAGGAGGUCUGCUUCAUAGGAUGGAGCGAUGCUGCACUUGCCAAUCGGCGAGACCUUGGUUCGACGGGCGGCUACAUCAUCGCCAUGACGAGCCCCAGCAUGCUUGACGGAAAGCGGUCACCUCUCACUUUCGUGUCCUGGAGGUCAGCCCGCCUUCAGAGGAAAGCCAGAAGUUCCCUGGCUGCUGAGGCCCAAGCUCUCGCAGAAUGCGACCAGGAGCUGAUGUUUUGUAGGUUGGCUUGGGCUGAGCUUUGCGGUUUUUGUGUGAAUUUGAAGGUGUCUCAUGAGGCAGUGAGCCAAGUCCCUGGCUGCGUCGUGAUCGACGCCAAAGCCUUGUACGAUGUUCUGAUGAAGAAGGAUUUGAAUUCUUCCGGACUUGGCCUCCGAGACAAGUUUUCCGCACUAGAGAUUUUGUGCCUUUUGGAAUCCAUCGAUUUGAACAAGACCACUGUGAGGUGGGUCCAUUCGGAGGCACAGCUGGCAGACGCUUUGACGAAACCCCUGCCAGCGGGCGCACUGUUUAAGGCGAUCGUCGAGGGCCACUGGACUUUGUCGUACGAUCCAGACUUCACCUCGGCAAAACGCCUCAAGUCCUUGCGAUCG